AUGGAUCCGAAAUUGCUGUGGAAGCACGGCAGACACCGACUCUUUUGUAGAACAAACGGGCUUGAAAAAGUUCACUGCGCAAGCAACCUCAGCGCACCAGUUUCUGUUGAUGCCGACAAUCAGCUCUGUGGCGCAGAAAGACGCAGCUCCUGUUCAGAGUGCCCGGCAUCCUCUGUCUCGACAACAUCUUCAGCAGGUCAUCCAUUUGCAGGAAACUGUCCUCCUGCGAGACUAGCACCAUGCCCUCUGGGUUCAAAGUCCUCAGGGAGGUUGCCACAGGGUGGCAACCCGCGGCUCUCUAUGAGGCUCAGCGAAAAGUGCAAGUCCGAGAAUCGGGGGCCCAGUGACUCACACGCUUCACACUUUCCCUCGCCGUUGCUUCCUCUUCUGGCUUCUUCCAAAGCAUCCUCCUCUGGUCACAUUUGCGGGCGAAGGCGCGCUUUUCCCGCUGCGAGUGUUUCGACAGCUCGCGCUCAUGGCGUGUCUGCAGGAAAUGCUUCCGCGGCGACAAAGCCCCAGUGCCUCUCGUCUCUGCGGCGUCCUCCAGCUGUUGCUAUAGAAGAGCCACCAACGCCUUUCACCGCUGCACCUGCUGCACUUUCUUCUUCGCAGCACGCCACUCACCCCUCCCCUGUGCUGCCAUCGGCGCCCAUUUCUUCUGAUCCGCGAUUGCUUGCUCUGUCGCCAACCUCUUCUAGCGUCGCUGCUGAGGAGGGACUUCCUGCGUUGAUUCCAGCGGAUCUCUGCGCGUGCCGCUCUUCUAAAGAGGAUCAUGGAAGCGUGCGCGCAAGAAAUGGCUGCAUAAGCCUCUCAAUAUCCUCACCUGCUUCCCCUUCGUCUUCCACAUAUCUACUGCCAGGCGGUAGACUGGCAGACUUCACUGGGAUUGAGCGCCCCACCGCUUUCGGGUCAGUCGAGAAGCAAGACUGGCUCCCUACCGUCAUGGAUGCGGAUGGAAUAACUGGAGCGAGAGCGACUGCUGGGCUUUGCGCUGAAACAAACACGCUUCGUGACCUUGCAUGUUCUGAGCAUCGCCUUCGCAGCCUUUCACACUCCCUCGCUUUUGCUGGGGUCAGCAGCCCGCCACAGGACCCCGAGGAAGAUGGGAGUGAGAGCCCUGUCUCUCAGAGUAGGAGCCUUCAUAGGCGCCUCCUUCCUGGAGGCGAGCGCGCGGGAGUUUCGAAGGAGAGUGGAGGCGAGAGGAGAGAGAGACUUCACGACCGGUCACAGCGGAAACAAAACGCAGGUGUCCAGUCGAACAACAAUGGAAAGAGCCCCGACUGUCUUCUGACGCCGUCUGCAAACGAGAAAGAUGAACCAUGGGACGAAGAGCGAUGCCUGCAGCACAUCGCGUCCGCAAAUGACAUAAAAGGUCUCUUGCAUGACAACCGCCUGGACGAAGUAAAGGCACUGGAACUCGUCAUGGACAGGCCGGUUUUCGUCUCCGUCUUUGGCCGCUUUCCCAACCUCCAGGAGCUGAUCCUCGUGAGCCAGGGGCUCGCGACGCUCGUGGGGCUCGAGUGCUGCCGGUCGCUUCGGAAACUGAUUCUCUCUGAGAACAAGUUAACCUCACUCGAAGGCCUGGCUUCCGCCGCUGACCUCGAGUUCCUCGACGUCUCGUCCAAUCGAAUCGCUUCGCUCCGGGGUCACCUGGGCAGCCUCAGUCGCCUUCACACCCUGCGAAUUGCUUCCAACAGACUGACGACACUCGAAGGCCUCCGCCUUGCCCCGAACUUGGAGGACCUGCAUGCACCAGGCAACCGUAUCGACCGGAUCGGCGACUUACGCCACAACCUCAAGCUGCAGAAAGUCAACCUCGCCUCGAACAGAGUAAGCGAGCUCUCAGAGGUGGUUCGUCUCGCUGCGCUCCCCGCGCUCGUGGAGCUGCACAUGGCUGACUUGGACUUCAACGUGUCGCCCAAUCCAGUCUGUCGCUUGAAGAACUUCGAGGCGCUCUGCAUUUAUCACCUGACGCGCCUUCGGUUCGGCGAUCGGACUCCGGGAUCAAGUGACUCCUCUAGCGAGCGCCUGAGGAUUCAGCAGGCGAAGGUCCUGCAGGAAGCUCUGCACGAGUCGCUGAUCGUCAACCGCGCGGUGGCGGACUGGAUGGAGGAGCUGAAAAACCGGGCGGAGCAAAGUCUCUUGUGGGAGCAUGAGAGCGCAGGAAACAUUUUCGCCGAACGCGGCACCCCGGCCCAUAGUUGGUACAACGACGUCGUGCAGCUUAUUGAGAGUCGCUUUCACCUCAAGGAGUUUCAGCCGCUGAGCUUGACGGGCGUCAGAGUGAAGGCUGUCUCGAAGAUCCACAACCGUUCUUUGGAAAUCCGCUUCAAUGAACAGCACGACCGGCUACUGGAAGAUGGCUGGGCGCGCAGCGAGGUUCUAUUCUACGGCGUCGAUCCAGAGGCUCCGCAGGAACUGCACAAGGUCUGUCGCCGCGGAUUUUUGUCUUUUGAAGAGGCGGAGAAGGAAGGCAUUCAUCCGUUUAUUCCACUCUGCACUUCGCUCUACGCCGCAGAGGCGCCUCGACUUCGCUCCUUCUUCAAGAGAGAGGUUGCGGGCGCCGUAGCCCGCGAAGCUCUGCGGGCGCGCGAAGAGUGGAGCCUGUUCUCCGGCGAGGGCUGCGUCACUGCACAAGGCAUGGAGUAUGUCUUCGACAACUCAGCCAUGCUUUUUCCGCCGGGCGAGCUUCUCAUCUGUAGGGCCAUCAUCCACGAGCCGACACUGAGUUGUUUGAUGGUGGAGGACGACCACGUCUGUGGCCCUUCCGCUCUGUGGAGGAAGAAGCCCAUCAGAAGCCUCGCCCCCUACGCAGCUCCUGCUGAGGAAGAAGAGGACCCUGCGAAGGAAGAACCCAGCGAGGCUUGCCCGCCGCCGGCGUGCUCCACAGCGAGCUACCGCUACAGAGAGGGGCAGCCACACGACAAGUACUGGUGGAUUUUGAGCCCCGAUAUGGUGCUGCCCCUAUACCACGUGGUGAUCGACUACGAGAACGCGAAAACCGCGGCGCCGCCGGCAGGCAACAGGCAGCUGGCGACAGGCAGAAGCGCCGGCGGCGUGGCGCGAGAGCCUCGCGGGAGCGCGGAGCACGCUGAGACCCGCCUCGUGAGGAAAACUUCCAACGGACGCCUGCCUGCGCCUCUCGAUCCUGACCCGUCUCAAGCGGCCGCAGGUCUCCUUUCGGGUUGCACUUCGGCAGCAGAAAGCCACAGAGCUGCUACCUCCGACGUGCCGCGGGCUCGGACAGACUCCAGCUCCCAGGCCCCUCGGGCGGGCGCCUCCGAUGCCCUCGAAGAGGAACAGGAGACUUUCGGCGAAUUCCUCCAAAUCCUCGACUUCAACCGGCGCUUCCUCUGCACGAGCGGAGACCUGCCACAAAGUUGCGUAUAUGCCGCAGCUUCUGCUGCUCUCCAGCUCGGCGACGAGGCCUUCGCUGAACAAGGCGACAGAGGCCACAGACAGGGCGGGGUGUCUCACGCGUUCCCAGGCGCGUCGCGGACGCGUGAGCGGUCGCCCACCGGAACCGAGGACUCCUCGUCACCUCGACAGAGACAAAAAAAUUCGCGUGUCUGUUGCGGCAGGGAAGCUCCGCGGGCUCCGUCGCUUCUCGGGAGACGAGGUGUGCUGAGUGAAGAGGCGCUGUGGAGUUCGGAAAACGAGGCUAUCCGUAGAAUGCUCAACGUGAAUUCAGACGCAGACUUGCGCAGCUUGACAAUCCUCGCGUUGCCAAACUCAGGGUUAGUUGCCAUUGAGCCGUCACUCCUGGAGAGGACCCUCUGUCUCAAGGAACUGCGGCUUCCGUGGAACAGGAUCAAGUCUUUCGAGGAUAUUCUGCAAUGCUCCGGAGAAUACGAAGGCCCGCCCCUUCUGCCCGCGCUCGGCUUGCUCGAUGUUUCGUUCAAUGAGAUCAAAGAAGUCUCGUCGUUCGUCUGGGCUCCAGCGCUCCACACACUCGAUCUUUCCUUCAAUGCCAUCUCCGAAGCCCAGAGUCUGGCCGUCAUAGCGAGCCGGUCGCCGAGUCUCCGCGAUCUGCGGAUCAAAGGCAACCCCGUGGGCGCCGCGCCGUCGGCCUCAGAGACAGUCGCGGCCGUCGUGCCUCAGCUUGCGCGCCUCGAUGAAGAAGCUCUCAGGCCCCCCGCCCGACGGCCCCCCGGUUGCGAAGGCGAAAACUGGGUCCCCCUCGCGCUUCGCUCAACAGUCGCCCUGGACGAUCUCUUGCCCUUUUGCUUUUUGCCCGCGCCGACACGCGAGACUUCGCCGCGUUCGGAGCUCGAGCUGUUGGCGUCGCCCGCGCUGUCGAUCGAGACGGCCUUCGAACUGAAACAGUGUUGCGGAUCCCCAGAAAAGCUUGCUUCAUCCAUUCGCGCCAGCUGCGCCACGGCGUGCGCGGAGUUUGGCCUCCUCGAGCGGGGUUUCUUCCAGAGCCUCAGCAGGUCUAACUGGCCUGAACGAGUGGAGUGUAUUGACUUGUCUAAGCAGCGCCUCGAAGCUCUGCCAGACGUGGGAGCCCUCGCGAACCUCCGGCGGGCUGUGCUGAGCCAGAACAAACUCGCCUCUCUCCAGCCGCUGCUUGCAUGCACCAAGCUGGAGGCCGUCGUCGCUUUCGGCAACCGUCUCGGCGACCUAGCGGAGCUGUACCCCCUGCAGGAGCUGCGGCAUCUCGACGUUUCAGAGAACGCGAUUCGCGAGUUCCCCGAGACCAGUGUGGCGCCGCGCAAGCUCAAGUUUCUUGCGCUGGAGAACAAAGUCAUUGCACACGUGGCGAACCUCGAGGGAUUCGACAGCCUCACGCAGCUCUUCCUCUCGAGCAACAAGCUCGCGGAUUUCCGCUCGAUCGUGCAUUUGGCGACUGUGCGCGACCUGAAGGUGCUAGACGUCGCGGGAAAUCCACUCUGCCGACUCCCGGAUUACCGCGACUACACGCUGUACCUGCUGAGUGGCCUCAAGAUCCUUGACGGGAUCGCCGUCAACUCGCAGCACCAGGUGCAACUCAGAGAGGCCUUCUCGGGAAAGGUGACUGCGGAGUUGCUGGAGGAGUUGCUGGGAAGCGCCCCGCCCUACCCUGCGGAAUCUCUAGACCUGUGUGACCGGGGCAUUCGAGACCUGGGCGAUAUGAUCGCCUCGGCGAAUUUCCCGAACCUACGCGAGCUGCGGCUGGACGGCAAUCUGCUGACGACUCUCGCCGGCGUUGCUCAGCUGCCCAAACUGGAGGUUCUACGCGUGAACCGGAAUCGCAUGGAGAUCAAAGGAAGCAGCCUGGGAGGCGACGCUUCAGAAGACACACUUCCCUUCCCUCUGUUGCAGGUGCUGGAUCUGAGCUUCAACUGCAUAACCGACAUCCGAGAUCUUCAGGGCUACCAGUGGAGGAGACUGACGGUGCUGCACCUUGCUGGAAACGCCAUUUGCAGUAUCGAGGGCCUCGAAGAGCUCCACGCGCUGCGCGAGCUCGACCUGAGCCACAACAAGCUCCGCCGGUGUCUUCCGGGAUGCUUUCAAAGCCUCAAAAGACUCGAACGCCUCAACCUGGAGCGAAACGGACUCAAAUCCCUGUCAAACAUCAGCCCUUUGCCAAGCUUGAAGGUUCUGAAUGUCUCAAGAAAUCGAAUCAAAGAAGUCUUGGAGGUCGCGAACCUUGCAGACCUCUCUUCACUGCGAUACCUCUCGUUCCGCGGCAACCCGGCGGCGGGUUUAGCCUCUUACCGAGUCUCCAUCUUGCGCUACUUACCGCAUUUGCUGGAGCUCGACAGCAAGGCUCCCACAAGCGAAGAACUGGGGCGGGCUGAGCUCCUCUCUUUGAGUCAGAUGAGGUCGGAGCUUUCCGUGCCUUCCGCCAGCGCACCCCCGGCGACCAGCGCGUGUAGGAAGAACAAAUUGUCGCUCAAGGUCGUCCAUCUUGACCUAGAGCCAAUCUCUCAACACCGCUCCCCGCUGGCGGCCGCCCCUGGAGGUACAAAAUAG